CACAUACAUCCCUGUAAUGUGUAGAGAUACUAACACGACACACGGUUGUUUGAUUCGCUGCCUCGCUUACUGAGUUCCAGUCUUUAAAGAACAAAUUUGGCCAUUGCAUCAUCAUGUUUUCGAUCACGAAAGUCGUCUUGAUUUUAAGUUACAUCGGCUUUAAUAAUUACCAAGUGAUGGCUAACGGGCAAUUUCGAGGUGGACACGGAUCGCAUCAGCACAUGAAGAAUCAACACGAACAUCACGUUCCCCAACCGCAUGGAAACGGUCCUGUUCUGUCGGUUCUCGAAGACAAGAAAUUAAUCCACGAUCACGAGCAUUUGAAAGAAGAUUUGAAAGAUGUUUACACCGAAGACGAAAUUUUCAAAAUGACGUCGGAAGAAAUUGAAUUCCACUAUUUCAAGUUACACGAUUACGAUAACAAUAACCUGCUGGAUGGCAUUGAAAUCAUGGCAGCCAUUUCGCACAUUGUACCGCACGAUCCUGAUUUGGAUUUAGGCCGGCUACCUGAGGGUAAUGUCCUAACUACGGAACAACAACAGAAAUUACAAACAGCCAGGGAAAGGAAGGCCGAACAACUUGAACAUUUUACAAAGAUGAUUGAUAAAAUGAUUCAAGACAGUGAUAAGGAUAAGGAUGGAUUUGUCAAUUAUCAAGAGUACAAAGGCGUCCGCCGACCAGAUGGCGUUUAAAAUCGUUGGCAACUGUCGGGACUACUUCGUGUAACCGCUAGAUGCCACUAGCUACCAAAUAAAGAUCGCAAUCGAAGCCAUUUAUUUAAAAAAAAUAAUAAUAAUAAAAUGAAAUAGAGAUCCAAUAGCAUAUCGCUAACCUUAUGGCCAAUGGAUAGGCUUUCACAUUAGCUCUCCGUGCGCAAACACAUGAUAUCUUAUUCACGCCAAUCGAUUGCACGAAUAUAUUAAUGAAGAAAGGGA